AUGGGGAAAGAAAAGAAGCAAGAGCUCAUCAAGAAUCCCAAGGGCACAAGAGAUUGGUCCGGUGAGGAUGUAGACAUACUUGAGGACAUCCUCUCCCAGAUAUCCACCGUGUUUCGCAAACAUGCGGGCAAAAAGCUCGACACUCCCGUCUUUGAGCGCGAAGAAGUCCUGAAGGGCAAAUACGGCGAGGACUCGAAACUCAUCUACGACCUAAAAGAUCAAGGCGGCGAGCUACUGUCUCUGCGCUAUGAUCUCACUGUCCCCUUUGCGCGUUGGCUCGCGAUGAACAAUAACAUUCGCAGCUACAAACGCUUCGCCAUCAGUAAGGUCUACCGCCGUGACCAGCCUGCCAUUGCGAAAGGCCGCAUGCGAGAGUUCUACCAGUGCGACAUUGACUUUGCGGGGGCCUCGGAUCCUAUGAUUGCAGACUCGGAGGUUAUCGCCAUUGUUGUCGAGGUAUUCGAGGCGCUGGGCUGGCAAGGCCGCUACACCAUUAAGCUCAACGACCGUCGCAUACUCGACGGCAUGUUCGAGGUUUGCGGAGUGCCCGAGGACAAGAUUCGUGCCAUCUCCUCUGCCGUCGACAAGCUGGACAAGUCGCCUUGGAGUGAGGUGCGGCAAGAGAUGGUGGAAACCAAAGGCCUCGAUCCUGCGGUUGCCGAUAAAAUUCAGACAUACGUUGUGCACAAAGGUGGUCGGGACCUCCUCGAGCGAUUACAAAAGGACGAAGCACUCAUGGCCAAUGCAAAAGCCAAGACUGGUGUGGACGAAAUGGCCCUCCUCUUCUCCUAUCUCGACGCCUGGGGCGCUACACCGAACGUGUCAUUCGACCUUUCCCUCGCGCGCGGCCUUGAUUACUACACCGGCGUGAUAUAUGAAGUCAUCACAGAAGGUAGCGCGCCUGUCGCUGCUAUCUCGAAUGGAACUACCGCAGCCGCCCAGGAGCAGGGCAAGAAAGAGAAGAAGAAGCUCGCCGAGGACGAGGACCGCAGCAACGAUCCGUCCGUAGGCAUUGGCUCCGUCGCUGCCGGCGGCCGCUAUGACCACCUCGUCGAGCGCUUCCGGCCCAACGCCGACAUGCCUUGCGUAGGCGUGAGUUUCGGCGUCGACCGCAUCUACUCCAUCACCAAGGCCCGGCUAGCCAAGGGCGAAAAGUUUGACUACAUCACGAGCCACAGUCCAGACGUGUACGUGAUGAGCUUCGGCGGCGACAUGACGGCAGAGCGCAUCAAGGUCAGUAAGAGCCUGCUGCAGGAAGGUCUAAAAGUCGAGUUUGCGUACAAGAAGAAGCCCAAGCCUCAGACUCAGUUCAAGGGCGCGGAGACGGCAGGCGCACCUUUCGGCGUGAUCCUGGGCGAUGAGGAGAUGAAGAAUGGGCAGUGUAGGAUCAAGCGGCUGGGUAUCAAGGACGACGCGGAGCGGGAGGCCGGUGGCGAGCUGGUGACGGAGGGCGUCCUCGUCAAGUUCGAGAAUGUGGGCAAAGAGUGCAAACGCCUACUGGACGAGCUGAGGAUUACCGAAGGAGUAGCGCAACUCAAAGUCUCGGACGAGGUGAAGGCCGAGGAGAAGGCGAUGGGGUGA